AUGAAGGCAACCACAUUGAUCAGUGCCAUCACUGCCUUCGGCCUGGUCAGCGUCGUCUCGGGCACCAAACUCUCCUACACCAUGGCCGAGGAUAUCUGUGGCGACCUCGGCGUUAUGAACGUCACCGACCUCCCCGAGGGUGUCGAUCCCAAUGCCGUUCGAACAUGCAAGGAGCACCCGGAGGGUAUCUUUCAGAAGAGCCUCGACAAGCGCGACUGCUGGUUUGGCAGCCCUCUCGGCUGCAGUGCUAGCGGAUACUGCUACAAGUCCCUGGCUCUGGUGAAUGGUGCUGGACCGCCCAAAACAAUGGAUAUGGAGACUGGAUCAGGUGCGCAAGCGUCAGCGACUGCAAUCGCGGGGAUCAGUGUGGUGCUGGUGGUUGCAAAGCAUGCGGAUGCAGCUGCUAAGCUUGGAAAGCAAGCAUGGCCUUUGGAAGGAUUUGGAUAG